UUGUUUUGAUUUCUUGUUUACAAAGUGUUUCUAAGGGGACCAUAAGUUUAUCGCAGCGAAAUAAAUUUCGCUUACGUAAAUAAUAUUUGAUUAGAAGUGGUUCUGUGCGUUGGAACGAUUUAAACAGCGGAAAAACAUGGACACUCUUCAAAGGCGAUUGCAGUACUAUUCGAGGCAGAAGUUUUUUCGUUUCGGUGUACCUUUCCUAUGUCUAAUAGUUGGUGGAUCGUUUGGUUUGCAGCAGUUUGCUCAGCUUAGGUACACAUUCUCUAAAAAGGGAACUUUAACGCCAGAGGAAGCAGAGAAAUAUGGAAUAACGAUGAAAAAACCGGAAGAGGUAACACUGGAGACUGAGUAUGAGAAGGUGAAGUCCAUCGACAUAGACAACUGGGAUAACGUGCGUGGACCACGGCCCUGGGAGGAAGGCACAAUGGCCAACAGGCCACAGGCAAAGGCUGGUCACUGAAUUCUGUACUAAUGUUGACUAGCUUGAAUGUAGGUGUUUAUUUUCAGGAAAAUAAAUGCUUUUUGUAUAUAUAUUUGAGA